AUGGCUGAAGAAUUUUACAAGAAAUUGUUGGAGGAGCAACGUGUCUUCACAAUGAACGUUCUAAAGGAGCAGAAGGCGUGGAUGGACAACUUUGCGAAAAGGUCUCCAGGUCAAGAUAGCACUCCCGUUCCAGCAUUUGUUCAAUUCAACAGUCAACACCAGAAAUGGGACUCAUACUUGGAGCAACUAAAACAACACUUCUCUGCUUACGCGGUAAUUGACGCCAACAAGCAGAAAUCAUUUUUCUUAUCUUGGUUGGGCAGUGACGCAUACGAAACCCUCAAAAAGCUUUUCGGCGUUGACGAGUUACAGAAACAAACAAUUAAUGAGCUUUCUGCAAAACUAACAGAGUUUUAUAAGGAAAAGGUUCAUGUAGUUGCAGCUCGUUAUGAAUUUCAUAAGGCUGAAAUGGGUAAUCGUACAUAUAAAGAAUGGAUUGCCGAACUACGAAGCAUAGCCCGGCAAUGUGAUUUUGUUUGUAAAAAAGAAAAUUGUCUACAUGAUUUUUCAGACGAUAUGAUUAGGGACAAAUUAAUUUUGAAGUCACCGCAUGAUGCAGUUCGUACAGCUGCAUUACAAAAACAACAACCAACAUUGGCAGAAGUUCAGCUAAUCGCUGAGUCAUUUGAAACAACAACGAAAACAGUAAGUACAAUCAAAGACAGAACGGACACUGCAAAUGCAAUAGACAGCAACAGAAUUUAUUCGAUGACAACGAAAAACACAGAAAAAUCUAGCAUGCGUAACAAAAACAAAAAGAAAGAAAAAUCAAAAUACCGUUCAUGCACAGGUUGUGGAGUUUCACAUAAUCGUGAUGAUUGCAAAUUUAGAAGCGCUGUUUGCAGAGGUUGCGCUAGCGCAGCUAACAACAAAAGUAAGAAACAGUUUGUUCAAAUUGUGGUCAAUGGAAAAGAGACUCGGUUUCAAAUGGAUUCGGGCGCGGAAGUCUCAGUUAUAACACUAGACACUUACGAAAUGUUAAAUAAACCGCCAGUAAAGCAAUGCUCGCGUGUACUAUAUGGGUACGGUCAUACGCAAAUAGAAACUUUAGGAGAAAUCGCUGCCAAAAUACAAUACGGGUCAGUAGAUAAAAUACUGCCUCUUGUGGUUUCUAACGUGCGUGGUUCAAACAAUCUAUUGGGCGUAGAUUUAUUUGAACAAUUAGGCUUUAAAAUUGUGCAAGUUGAUAGCGUGACCGCCAAGUCGAACGCAAAAUUACAUACAAUUUUGUCCACCUUCGCGGACGUGUUUACUCCAGCACUUGGUACAAUGAAGUCAGUCAAAGCCUCGGUCAGACUUAAGGAGAAUGUAGUGCCUAAGUUCAUUAAAAGUAGGCCAAUUCCUUUUGCUCAGUUACCAAAAUUUAAAGAUGAAGCACAACGGUUAUCACAAGCAGGUAUUUGGAAACAGGUAACUUUCAGCGACUGGGCAUCCCCCAUCGUCCUAGCAACAAAACCGGACGGAUCGAUACGCAUUUGUGGAGAUUUUAAAAAAGGUGUUAACCAGCAGAUUGAUGUAGAUCAAUACCCUCUACCCACAAGAGAGUGUCUAUUGCAUACCAUUCGAUACGGUAAAUAUUUUUCUAAAAUAGAUUUGCGUGAUGCAUACCUACAAAUGGAGCUCGAUGAAGAUUCGAAAAAAGUGCUGGUGGUCAACACACCGCUCGGUUUAUUUCAAUACCAGCGAUUACCGUAUGGGGUAGCAAGCGCACCAGCCAUGUUUCAGAAACAUCUCGAGCAACUAUUAUGUGGAGUCUACGGAUGUGCAAAUUAUAUCGAUGCGUCAUUUCAGUGGAAGUUCGAACAAGAAAACGCGUUUAAUUCGCUAAAGGAGCACAUCAUUAAAGCUACGAUGUUGGCUUAUUUUCGAGAAGACUUACCUAUAGUCGUGGCCACUGAUGCAUCAUCGUAUGGGGUGGGAGCCGUGCUUUCACACAUCAAUCCAGACGGGACUGAGCAGCCGAUCGCCUUUGCCUCCAAAACACUCAACCGACAUCAAGAAAACUACAGCCAAAUUGAAAAGGAGGGCUUGGCGAUAAUAUUCGGAGUCAAAAAAUUUCAUCAGUUUCUAUACGGGCAGAAGUUUACGCUGAUCACGGAUCACAAACCAUUAGUCAGCAUAUUUAGUCCCGAUAAAAACCUCCCAACAAUGACGGCUCAACGUAUCCAGCGAUGGGCUAUUACGCUCAUGGGGUACCAAUUUCAAAUAAAAUAUCGCAAAACAACAAAUCACGCAAACGCUGACACAUUAUCGAGAUUACCAUCGGGUCCAGAUGAAGACUUCGACAAUGGUGAAAUUAACCAAGUUGUCGCUAUACAAACUCCAAUUGAUAUUGAGGUCAUACGAAAAAGCACCAACAGCGACAAAAUACUACGAAGAGUUAAAGAAUAUAUUCAGAAAGGAUGGCCGCAUAAGUUGUGUCCAAACGACCAGGAUCUCCGGCCAUAUUUCAAUCGUAAGUUGUCCUUGAUUACUCAAAAUGACUUGAUUUUAUUACAGAGUGAUGUCACACGGGUUACUAUUCCAUACUCAUUACGUGAUCAAGUUUUGCGUCAGCUUCAUGUUGGACAUUGGGGUGUGGUAAAAAUGAAACAACUAGCACGACAACAUUGUUGGUGGGAUGGCAUCGAUAAUGAUAUAGCGAGAAUAGCAGCUGGAUGCGAAAACUGCAAACUAGCGGGUCCAAGUGAUCGGCGGGAAUAUUCAAGCUGGCCUGAACCACAAGCACCUUGGCAGAGGGUUCACAUUGAUUUUGCUGGUCCGGUAUUUGGUUCUAUGUGGCUUCUGUGCAUAGACGCGUUCUCGCAAUUUCCAUUUGUUUACAAACUAGCAAAUACAACGACGGAAUCAACGAUUUUCGCAUUAACUACCCUUUUUGCUAGUGAGGGUUUGCCAGAAACUAUAGUAAGUGACAAUGGCCCACAACUUACGGCCGAUGCGUUCAAAACAUUCUGUCACCAAAAUGCUAUUAAGCACAUCACGAUUGCACCGUUUCACCCACCUUCUAAUGGACUGGCUGAAAGAUUUGUGCGUACUUUUAAAACAGCCGUAAAAAAGAACAUAGAUGACGGCUUGCAAGUAAAUGAAUCGGUUCUAAAAUUUAUUUCAUCCUAUCGCACUAUGCCAAACGCAAAAGGCAUAUCACCAGCACAUCUUUUACAUGGUCGUCCUGCACGUACUCUCUUUUCGCAAAUGUUUUCAGUGGAAAAUGGCAAAAAUGACUUUAAACAAACUUCAACCAAAUUUUCAUCUAACGAAAGUGUCUAUAUUCGCAACUAUGGCCGCGGAGAAAAAUGGUUAAAAGGGGUCGUGGACAGACAUCUUGGAAAAGUCAUGUACGUAGUAAGAACUAGUAUGGGCUACUUUAAACGACAUCAAAAUCAAAUGAAAUCUCGCCAUCUUAACGACGCCAAACCAGUUGAAGACAGCAGAGGAGGACCUAAUUCAGUUACCAAUAUAUUGCUACCUGAUACUAUGGUGGAUACUGCUAAUGAGUAG